AUGCGUGUAUAAGAAUUCUUGCUGGAAAUUUGUAACACCAUGUUUCCAAGUUUGAUACAAUCGGCAAACGACUCACAACAUCGUAGCAAUAGUCAAGCGAAUCAUCACCCAGUUUCAACAAACCUAUUUGUCAAAAGUUCAUCCAAAACUGUAACUUCAUCCAAGCGUGAAUUAACGCCCACCGUGACAUCGUCGAAAACAGUAACUGACGAGCAUCUUGAUAGCCAUUCGAACCUGGAUGAGCGUAACUUCUUUGAAAAUAAAACGGCUUGUGUUACAGGAGCAGGAAGAGGUAUUGGACGAGCUAUCGCAGUUCGUCUUGCUCAACUAGGCUGUCGCGUUAUUGCCAUCGGUAGAACAGAAGACUAUCUUAUAGAUCUAGCCAAAGAACACCAAAACAUUGUUCCUGUAGCAGUGGAUGUUAAAAAUUGGACUGCAACUAAAACUGCAAUUAAACCUUAUUUACCUAUCCAACUCUUGGUGAACAACGCCGGAAUAUUGAUGCUCAAUGAUUUUCUUAAUAUUAAGCGAGAAGAUUUUGACGAAUCAUUUCAAACAAAUGUGCGUUCAGUCAUCAGUAUGACUCAGUGUUUUCAUGUUCAAACAGUUGCUUGUAUUUCGAUACAUUUUGUAGUCAAUGUGUCCAGUAUCGCUUCCGAGAUUGCUGCCAAAAAGUUCAUGAUAUAUUCUGGAACAAAAGCUUGCAUGGAUGCAUUUACACGUAAUAUGGCGGGUGAACUUGGUCCAUAUCAAAUUCGAGUGAAUAGCGUUCAACCAACAGUCGUACUCACUGAUAUGGGCAAAGCAGCUGGAUGGGAAAAUCAGCAACAAUCGGCACCAUUACUUGCUAAAACACCUUUGGGUCGAUUUGCAGAAAUACAUGAAGUGGUUGAACCAAUAAUCUUUCUGCUCUCUGAUAAGAGUUCAAUGAUCACUGGUGCUUGUUUACCCAUUGAUGGUGGUUACUUGGUAACUUAA